AUGCCCCAUUUGCAAAGGUUUCAAAGGAAAAGCCGUAAGGCACCUUAUUUAUGGCCGAAGCCCGCCACGAUAUUUUCCUUAAAAAGCGUUAGCUACGUGUUGCAAGCCUUUGGUUGGGAAAGCGAGGAGGUCGUUUUAAGCUUAAAAAAAGCUUGUAGCUUUUUAUCGGUAUUAAUAACUUUAAUUAAGGCUAGGUUCCGGUUUGUAACGAUUAACGUUGGUGCAAAGGAAAAGCUUUUUUUAAAAGGCAAAAUCCCGCAUAUAUUAAGCAUGGAAAGGUUAAAUUUAUUUGUUUUGUAA